AUGCUCCGCAAACUUCGGCCACUGGAGAAGAGGCUCUCAACAGUCUUCAGCCUCAAGUCUAAGAAAAUUCAACGUUCCAUCAAAUCUUUCAAAUCUGGACACUCGCGUCAAGAUGAAAAUCAGCAGGUCUCAACAAUCAUACCCGACGACACAUCAACUCAAGAGACACCGCUCAGCAUCCGGAAUGUCGAUGGCACUUCAAGUAUCCAAGAAGAGUCGGAGGGCUUUCAGCAAAAUUCAUUGUGUGAACAUCAGAAUGAGCUUUCCAUGGACUCACUGGCGCGUCGGUACCACCGUGCGCUGAAUGAUAAUGAUCCGUCAACGUCGAAUGUUACAGGAACCACCCAAGAAGAUAACCCCUUGAUGACCGCGGCAAUAGGUUCCUCAUCUUCAAGCAGUGAGACCGAUUUUGACUGGAAUCAAACCGAUGAAUCAGAACUCGAUGAAUCAGAACGCCAGGCACGAGACCAGCGAAGAUGGCGCGAGCUGCAAGGGCGGCAAGAACAUCAGCAUAUCGUUCCUCACGCCAAGCGACUUCGGAGAUUUUACUAUUUUUUGAUGAAGCUUUCAUCGCCGGUCAGGACAAUUGUCAUAGGUUUAUUGGGGACCAGUAUUUCCAUAACGCCAGCAAUUCUGGUGUGGUUGAGAUUUACCGAUUUAUCACUUAAAAGCCACAUUCUAGCAUGGUCUAUCUGGAUCAGCGUUAGCUUUGCGGCCUCUUGUGCAACGGCGAUGAUUGUAGAUAUCUUGCCUUCUGUUGUUAUCAACCUAGUCGACCUUUCUUAUGGCUCAAGGCUCGAAUCGUUAAAUACUCAAGUCGAAUUGUGGAUGAACGUGAGGUAUUGGACAAAACUGGUGCUAGGCUUCGCAUCAUAUUGGGUUACUUUGUCUGUCAUGUUCUCUCGCAUCUUCCGUCUUCGCGAAGACCCACAUUUAGAUUAUUUCCAUUGGGUGAAGAAGGUUACCGCAGGGUCAUUCACGGCUGGUUUAGUCUUGCUCUUUGAAAAGAUUUUGCUGCAGGUCAUCCAAUUAAAUUUCCAUCGGACUGGCCUGAAAGUAAGACUGGAGGAGAACGAACAAGCGCUUAGGGCUUUGGACCAAUUGGCUGAUGCCAAUACGGUCACCAAUUCUUCCAAAAAGCGAAACUCGAAGUUUCCAAUUAGCAAAGUGAAUUCUCAACGCACCAAGAAAAGUAUACGGACGCCCCCAACCAAAGAUUCCACAAUAGUUGACGUGCCACUUACACCAAAGGAUUCAAAUAUAAAUCACUCCUCGGGAGGAAAGCAUAAAACGGAAAAGAGACGCACAUCCACAAAUAUCUUGAUGUUCGCCGAUCAGUUGACAUCAGCUCUCAACUCAGUUCUUAAAAAAGGAAAUGGUAACGCUGAGGGCAUGCUAUCAUCGACUCACUCCGCUAGAAAGCUAGCCAAGAAGCUGUUUGAGGGUUUGGACAAAGAACAAAAAGGUGCAAUCACGUUGGAUGAAUUUGAGCCAUACUUCAAAACGGUCAAUGAUGCCGUGAUGGCGUUCAAACUGUUCGAUAGAGAUGGUAAUGGUGACAUCGAUCGCAAGGAGAUGCGAAAUGCUGUUGUCAAAAUCUACAAGGAGAGGAGAGCUUUGGCUAUCGGCUUGAAGGAUAUGUCUUCGGCAGUUUCCAAAUUGGAUGCGGUUUUGAUUUCAGCAGCCUGUCUUCUCACAAUUUUCGUAUGGUUCUUCAUCCUCAACCCCAAAGCAACAUCCUUGCAACUGGCACCAAUGGCAACAAUAAUCCUAGGUUUCUCUUUCAUAUUUGGGAAUGCAGCAAAAAAUCUUUUUGAGAGUAUGCUGUUCAUUUUUAGUAUACAUCCGUAUGACGUAGGGGAUCUUGUUUUCAUAGGUUGGUCAUGACCCCGCUUGAGGGAAGCCACUUACGUCU